UGCCGUGAGCUUGUGCACCGUAAUGUCUCGCGCCUUUUGCCAGCAGCAUGUCGUGACCUUGCCGAUUGGCAAGCUUCCACACGGUCAAAGGCAGCCGGAUUAAUUCCUUGUUUGCUACUCCAUCUAGAGACUGCGAACACACAGUACACCCAGAUUUCACUCUCCGGGCUUGCAACUGGUAUUGCUGAUGCCAUUUUGCGAGCCGCGUCCUCUGCUUCGACAACAAUCGGAUCGACUGGCAGUACUGGGAUUGGACAUGCCAUGCCACUGCUCCUCAUUAGGCUGCUUGAUACGCUAUCGGUGGCCCGUCGGGAACCUAACUGUAAAGAGACAGUUGAUCCGCUUUAUUCGACGCUGGCCACCUCCACAGCUGUUCGUAAGGCCGAAGUCGACGAGGCCGUUCAUAUUAUUCACGACCUCUCUAGGGCCAGCUUCAUUUUAGGCUACUUCGUCGAGCCAAAGAUCUGGUGGACCUUGCUUCAUUCUGGCCUAUCUCGAUGUCAUGAUUCUACAAACUCGGCCAGCUUGUCAGGCCACCUCUUCGUGUUAGCAGCUCUCCUAUCCAACUGUAAAACUGUCUCCUUGUUUGAUCAGCUGCCUGUCAAAGAAAACUUAUCAUGUUCAUCCAAGCAUCCUGGGGCUUCCCCAAAGCCCGUCUUAUCUCCUGACAACGACAUUCCCUACAUUCCAUCGCCAGAACCUUCAUUAUUAUCAUCAUCUACUUGUACCAAUACAGUUCCUGUUAUCAGUUUGGCAGGACAAAUCACUAUUUAUCUAUCCUCAGAAGAGAUGAUUUCUAGCUUAUCCCCAGCGGUGAAGACGGCGCUUCUUGAUUGUCUGGAGCAGAUUUUGACUCAUCUCUUGACCCACCUUGAGGCUGGCCAUCUUUCAGAACAAAUGACUGCUGAAGUAACUCAUACCUUUAUAAUUUAA